UCACCGCUGUAAUGAUUACAAUAUCUUUGUUGUUUACGAUAAAAAUAAUCAAUGAAAAUUCUGCAAAAUCAUAAUAAACGAUUUGCAAAGCGUAGGUGGUGCAUAAUGUGCAAUAAAACAGAAGAAGGAAAAAAGCAGAUUGUAAAAAUAGACUACAAAUAAACAGUAGUUGAAGUGGUAGUGUAAAUAUUUUUGUGGAUUUUUGCAUGAAAUCAUUGGAUAAUUGACUUUGUGAUGUGCAUAAUCAUAAUUUCUAAGUGACUGGAUAAAGAACCCAUCGUUAUAACAGCUUUUUGGAAAGAAAUUGAGAAGAAAGAAGGAACUAAUGCUGUAAGCACGUGCCCAACAAUGACGUCAUUCGCAAACCUGUCGCGCACGGCCAGCAGCGUGCCGUCCACGUCGGCGGCGGCGUUCGGCGCCAACGGCUCCCCCGAGCGAGACAGCGAUCUAUCGCUGUUGCAGCUCCAGAACAUGAGCCGCCUCAGCCUGCACUCCGGGGACUCGUCCAACUCCAUACCCUCCAUGCUCUUCGAGCCUUUCGGCCUGCCGUCCACCAGCAGUUCGGUCCAGAACGCCACCGUCAGCACCUCCGACUGCAACGGCGCCUCCAACGACAACAACGAGAACCACACCGAAGCAUCCAGUGAGUCUAUUCGAACUUCCCCCUCCCUAUCUAUAACGUGCAGCCGCUGCGAGCUCCUCACGCCUACCAUCCGCUGCGUGGAGUGCAACGACAUGUACUGUCACGACUGCUGCUACAAGCACCAGUCCGACUGCCAGAUGUUCAACCACACCCUGUGGCCGAUCCAUCAGAUAUUCUCGUCCUACUCUAACGAGCGCGACCAGAUGUACUGCGAGGUCCACUCGAUGGCGGCCACGUUCUGCUGCACAUCAUGCACGGAGCUGAUCUGCCACGAGUGCACGUCCUACUUCCACAAGGACCACUGCUACUCCCCUCUCAACGGGAACAUAGACAACCGCGUCCUGUACGACAUGAAGUCGCUGUUCCAAGCUAGCAAGACCAACACGAAAGCCAUCAAAUCGGCAAUAGACAAGGCUAUCGCGAUGACCAAGGCUUACGAGAAGGAAACAAACGAGGCCAACAUGAAAAUAAAGAGUGCAAUGCAGUACUUUGUGACGGCGAUAUACAACCGAGAGAAGUAUUUACUGAGCCAGGUGGAGCAGAUGCGCCAGACUAAGAUGAACCAGCUGUCCGAGUACAUGGACACGCUUCGUGGGAUCCUCGCAGGUUUGUCACAUACAAAUGAGACUUUAGUGCGAAGCAUUACAUCUCAGGGAAUCGACGUGAAUGCCGCCAACGAGAGAGGUAAACAAGAAAUCGAAUCUUUCUCCACAACAUUUCGUCGUUUUUGGGUAAACGAAGAAAGGAUCGUUUUCAUACCUCCCAAUAAAGAUCUAGCUUAUCAGAUAAGCAGACAGUGUAGUGUCCAAUCUGUGCUGGUGAAUCCCAUGCGCUCUUUGAGUACUUCAGUCAGCGACCCUCCGCGCCAGCUGACACCGCGCCCGCCUCGAUCUGAAAGUACGUUCUCACAGUGCACAUCUUCCACUUCUUCGCUCAGCAUAAUACAACCUCCAAGAUCUACGCGCACUGUAUCACCUACUCUGUCACCACUGGACCUUAAUUUUGCACGUGGAAUCGGACAAGCUAUACCAGGGUACAAUCAAGUUGUCUCGAUUAAACUUCCUCGUAGUAGCGUCUCCGGUUCCCCCAUGUUUUCCUUCGGCCCCGAGGGCCCAGGGGAGGGUCAAGUUUCCCGGCCGUGGGGCCUGUGUAUCGACAAGGAUGGAAAUUUUAUCGUGGCAGAUAGAAGAAAUAACCGGAUUCAAAUAUUCAAUAGACAGGGAGAUUUCAGGGGAAUGUUCGGCACUAAAGGAAACGGACCCGGAGAAUUCGAGCUGCCUGCCGGUAUCACCACGGAUCCAUACGGCAGGAUCAUAGUCGUCGACAAAGAUAACCACCGAGUCCAAAUAUUCACAGCCUCCGGCAGAUUCCUUCUCAAGUUUGGAUCGUUCGGACGAGACAGUGGACAGUUCCAGUACCCUUGGGAUGUUGCGGUCAACUCGCUGGGGAACAUCGCAGUCACCGAUACUAGAAAUCACAGAAUCCAGUUGUUCUCCAGCGACGGAGCGUUCCUCACCAAGUUCGUGUUCGAAGGAUUCAACCCGGCGCGGCUGCUAAAGGGGCCGACCACCCCGCGAGGCAUCUGCUUCACUACCACCGGCAACAUCGUCGUGUCCGACUUCGAGAACCAUCGACUGCUCGUAGUAGACCCUACUCUCUCCAGAAUUAUAUACUGCUUCGGACGCGAGGGCUCCAGCCUCGGCGAGUUCAACAGACCCUCGGGAAUGAUAUGCGACGACAACGGAAACUUGAUCGUGGCCGACUCCAAGAACCACAGACUCCUGGUCCUGAACGCGGAGCUGAGGAUCAUGCUCUCGGUGAACCUCAAGAGCCCCGGACUGGAUGACAAGGACCGCCCGUGCGACGUGGCCCUCACCCCCGAGGGCUACCUGGUGGUCCUCUUCGAGACCCUCCCCGACAACGCCCGUGACUUCUACUAUCACCGCAAACUCUACAUUAAGGUAUAUUAAGUUUAUGAAGAUAUUUUAAACAUUAUGGACGCCGAGUCCACAUUUAUUAUAGUUUUAUAAGUUGACAUUUUAAUGAACGGAAAUGAAAUCAGCUAUGGUUUGCUCGGUGUGGCAAUAAUUUUAUAGAGGUUAUUUUUUUAAAGUUAUUUGUUCGGUUUUUAGAUCAAUUUUUUGAUAAAUUCUAUAUAGAUAUGCUAGCCGCUGCCAAGCAGGGGUAGUCGAGAUGUUGCUGAAAGUUUAGAAUCUGACAUCGUUUACAUUGAAUUCUGACGUAUUUUUUGCCUUAAAAUUAGCAGAAUUUUUAUUUUUAGCGUAACGAAUACGAAACACUCCUAGGAUAGUUAAUUUUACGCGUAGGAUCCUUCUACUUUAGGUCCCAAAUUUCUGUCUGAUUUUUGACUACGUAGCUACAUAAGUUUUUACUUAGAUUGGAAAUAUUACAUUUACAAAAUUUUGACUAUUUCGAAAUCUAUCGACUGACUCUAUUUAAUUAUUAGAAUUUAUACCGCUGUGUUCAAUGACUAUGUGUUCACUAUUUAGGUUUAAUAUUAACGUUAUAUUAGGUCGUGCUUGUCUCGUUUUGUGGGCGCCACACGUUCGGAAGACUGCAUCUAUUUAGAUUUCGCUUUUAUCUUUCGUAGAGCCUUCAAGCUUCUUAGCCCUGUUCGACGCGGGGGCGAGGUCUAGUGUAGGAGGCAUCGGGGCAAUACGCAUUUCUAUUUAGAAUAUUCUUAAAUACAUUAUCUUAUUAUAAUUAGGAAAUUUUAUAUAUUUGGUACGUACUUAGCGCACGUUAGGACUAGGGAAUUAGAGGGCGCGCUUGUAACCUUCGACCGAGUAAAGUCUGAGCUAACGAAAGUAUUACGUAAGGUUUAAAAUAUAGUUCCAAGACUGAAGGAUAAGAUUCUCGUGCGUCGUUCGUAGGGGAGCUAGGCUUUGACGAAUUCGACGAAAACCGAUGCGUCACAUAGCGUGCAUCUAUUUAUGAGAAAAAAUUAAAUUAAAUUAUAUUUUCUUUUGCAUUGUGCCAUUUAAAUUAAAUUAUUACUUUAUUGAUUUCGAGUCGAGAGUCAAAUAUUAUUAUCUAUGUUUAUUUUUUUUUAACUCCAAAGUUUCGUUUUUGUGAUUUUGCCAAGCAAUUUCGCGCCCAAUCGACGGGGGAGCGUCAGUCGCACCUCAAGACUUAAAACAAUGGACCGGAGGUCGAAUCGAGACUGGGGAGGGGUAAUGUUAGAUGUAAAUAAUGUAACCUGGUGUAACCGUGUAGCGGCCGGCCAACGCCGGCGCCGUAUUUGAUGCGAUCAGUUGCGUUAUGUUUUAUUUUAGAUUUAUUUUGUUACGAUAUAAUUUCUUCCGCUGAGUGCGGGCCGGGGGCUCCGAGCCGCGCCGGGCCGCAGCCGACUGUUAGUCUCUUAGCUAUCACAGACGGUCCACUCUAAGUGGUCGACGAUAAAGUCAAGAUAUAUUUAGACGACUAUGUGAAAAGCUGCCAGCUGCUGGCAGUAAAAUGUACGUUUGUGAUAAACCUGGGAAUAUUUGGAUUGUGAUGGGUAGUAUAGUGACGUCGAGCGUGGACGCCGAGACCACCGGCAUUCGUUGUCGCCUAACGAGAGAUCGUAGAGUAGGUAGCGCUCGUGCUGUACGUGUGUAGUCGUAGGUUAGUGCAAAUUCGUUGUAGGUUUUGGAUAUGUACCUCCAGCCGCGGCUUAGUGAAUUAGGUAGCGAUACUUCACGUACUAACAUGUUCUAAACGUUUAGCUUCGAUUGUAUCCAAAAUAUAUGAUGAAAAUUUAGUCUAGCUAAUGUAUAAGAUAAACAGUAUUUUUGUAAGUUAGUUAAGGAUCCCAGCCAAUGUUGAUUCGUCCAUGGUUUAAAUUUAAAAAGUUUGCAAGCUGAAAUGUUGUGGUCUUUGUAGCAGUUGUACCAUGAUUUAAAAUUGCUAUUCAAUUUAGAUUAUAUUAUUAUGAUAUGUAUUAAUUUGUGAUUUAUUAGAAUUUACUGACAAGAACUAUGUGACUCAUAGUUUUAAAAAUUUAAGUAAUGUUUUUGAAAAUAAAGUUUGUGACAACCCUAAAGGUUCUAAAAUUUG